AGAUUAUAGCGCCGCAGCACACACCGGAGCAUUAGAAACAAGUUCUAAUUAUAUUAAAUGUUUUAAAAGUAUAAAAUAUUAAUUAAAAAUGAGUGAAGUUGCAAAUUUUAGAUUUAGCGUUAAAAGUUAAUCGUCGACGAUAUUAUUUUCUGCGGGUCUGCGAUUGAAAGUCGCUCUGCUUUAAACAUGGCGGAACGCCAGGGUGGGAGGUGGAUACGCCUUUUUCGGUGCAUGUAGUGUCUAGUGAAAAACAAAUUUGUUUCCCCAUUUCUGUGUGACAACGUUUCCGUCUCGAAACAUGGAUGCGCCGGCGGACGCAACGAUGGCCCAGGCCAAACGGCCCGAGGAUGUGAUCAGGAUGCCUUUGAACGACAAUCUGAAAUUCGCCGUGCUCAUCGGAUUCGUCGAAGUUGGGCAGGUCUCCAACAAGGAGGUGGUCAACACAGUGCUACAUCUGCUUGUUGGUGGUGAAUUUGACAUGGAGCUAAAUUUCGUCAUUCAGCAUCCGCAGAACAUCCUCCACAUGUUGGACCUGUUGGACCACUGCCCGUCUAGCCUCCAGGCUGAAGUUUGGAGUGUCUUUAUUGCCAUCCUGAAGAAGAGCAUGAGGAACCUGCAGGCUUGCACUGAGGUUGGGCUCAUUGAGCACAUCCUGCAGAGGUUCUCGCAGGUGGAAGAAGUUGUGGCUGACCUAGUAAUCGAAAUGUUGGGUGUGUUGGCAAGCUAUAGCAUCACAGUGCGGGAGCUCAAACUGUUAGUUGGAUGUAUGAAGGCCACCGGUAGCAAAUGGCCAAGGCACUCUGUGAAGUUGAUGUCCGUCCUACGCCAAAUGCCUCACAGACAGGGCCCAGACUCGUUCUUCAGUUUCUCCGGCAAGAAGGGAGCGGCGAUUGCUCUACCGCCUCUGGCACGAUGGCCCUACCAAAAUGGCUGGACGUUCUACACCUGGUUCCGGCUAGACCCGAUCAACAGUGUCAGCAUUGAGAGGGAAAAGCCGUUCCUUUACUGCUUCCGUACAAGCAAGGGAGUAGGCUACUCUGCGCACUUUGUGGGGAACUGCCUCAUCUUCACAUCCAUGAAGGUGAAAGGGAAGGGUUACCAGCACUGCGUCAAGUACGAGUUUCAGCCAAGGAAGUGGUACACGGUGGCCAUUGUGUACAUCUACAAUCGGUGGAGCAAGAGCGAGAUAAAGUGCUUUGUCAACGGCCAGCUUGCGUCUUCCACGGAGAUGAGCUGGUUCGUCAGCACAAAUGAGCCGUUCGACAAGUGCUACAUCGGCGCUGCCCCCGAGCUGGACGACGAGCACGUCUUCUGCGGCCAGAUGUCUGCCGUCUACUUGUUUUCCGAGGCCUUGACCGCCCACCAAGUGUGUGCCAUCCACAGGCUCGGCCCUGGAUACCAGAGCCAGUUCAGGUUCGAAGGGGAGAGUAUGACCCUCCCCGAAAGCCUGAAACGCGUGCUGUACGAUGGGAAGCUGUCGAGCGCCAUGGUGUUCAUGUACAACCCCAUGGCCACCGACAGCCAGUUGUGUCUGCAGGCGGCGCCCAAGGGCAACGUCUCCUACUACGUCCACACACCGCACUCUCUCAUGCUUCAGGACGUGAAGGCGGUCACCACGUAUUCCAUCCACAGCACCCUCAACUCGAUUGGGGGCAUCCAAGUGUUGUUUCCUCUGCUUGCUCAACUAGACUACCCCAUGGGCCUGCUGCCCUUGCCGGGCUCACAGGACAAGAAACCCACCAUUUGUGCAACGCUGAUCGGAUUUAUCUGUGAGAUGUGCGAGAGCAGCAGCACAGUGCAGCAGCACAUGAUUCAGAACAAGGGUUUCCUGGUGGUGAGCUACCAGCUCCAAAGGGCAUCCCGAGAGCACAUCACGGACGAGGUGCUGCACUCGUUUCUGUCGCUCACCAAGCACCUGCUCACAGUGUACUCCAGCAACGGGGAGCUGCUGCUCAAGCACUUGCUGGACCACAUCCUCUUCAACCCUGCUCUCUGGAUCUACACACCUACGAUUGUUCAGACGAAGCUGUACACCUACCUGGCAACGGAGUUCCUGGGCGACACCCAGAUCUACAACAAUGUGCGCCGCGUCAGCACCGUCCUGCAGACCAUGCACACCCUCAAGUACUACUACUGGGUGGUGAACCCUCGCAACAAGAGCGGCAUCACCCCCAAGGGCCUGGACGGCCCUCGUCCUAACCAGAACGACAUCCUGUCAAUCCGAGCCUACAUGCUGAUCUUCCUCAAGCAGCUCAUCCUCAAGGGGAACGGAGUCAAGGAGGACGAACUGCAGAGCAUCCUCAACUACCUCACCACUGUCCACGAGGACGAAAACCUGCACGACGUUCUCCAGAUGUUGAUGAACUUGAUGGCUGAGCACCCCGCCUCGAUGGUUCCAGCGUUUGACUGUAAGAAUGGUGUGAGGGCAAUCUUCAAACUUUUGGGUUCCACGAACGAAAGCAUUCGACUCCAGGCACUCAAGCUGCUUGGCUACUUCCUUAGUAGGAGCACCCACAAGAGGAAGCAUGAUGUGAUGACACCGCACAACCUGUACAUGCUUCUGGCAGAGCGGCUUCUGUUGCAUUCGGACCACCUGACCAUGGCAACCUACAACGCCCUCUAUGAGAUGCUUACGGAGCACAUCUCAAACCAGAUUCUCUACACCAAGCACUCUGAGCCAGAGUCACACUACCGGUUGGAAAACCCAAUGAUCUUGAAGGUGGUGGCUACACUAAUCCGUCAGUCAAAGCCCUGCGAAGAGCUCAUCGAGGUGAAGAAGCUGUUCCUCUCCGACAUGACCCUCCUCUGCAAUAACAACAAGGAGAACCGAAGGACGGUGCUCCAGAUGUCGGUGUGGCAAGAGUGGCUGGUGGCCAUGGCCUACAUCCACCCGUGCAACGCGGAGGAGCAGAAAAUCUCGGACAUGGUGUACGCCCUGUUCCGAAUGCUGCUUCACCACGCCAUCAAGUACGAGUACGGCGGCUGGCGCGUCUGGGUCGACACACUCGCCAUCGUGCAUUCCAAGGUGUCUCUGGAGGAGUACAAGCUGCACUUUGCCCAGAUGUACGAGCACUUCGACCAGCGACGGGUGGACCACAUCACAGAUCCGGCGGUGCGCCGCCAGCGGCCCAUUAGCACCAUCUCGGGCCUGGACCGGUGCCCGCCGCCGGAGCAGGAGUGCGCCAGCCAGCCGUCCCGGGAGGCCCCGCCCCGACCGGACAUCGUCCAGGUCCGGGAGGGGGAGAGGGGGGAGGAGGAGGAGGAGGAGGAGAGGGGCAACGUGACGUUCCCGUCCAUUGUGCCGUCCACGCCGAGCCAGGUCCCCGACCCGGUUCCCUCGGAAGACGUUGUCCCAGUUGUUGUCGAGAGCUCGGAUGUCACAGGAGCCGCGUUGCCAGGCCCAGCAGUCGUCUGUCCAGACGUGAUACCAGUCCAAGAGUCCACCAAGUCUUUGUCGGAAGAGAAGAGGCCGUCACUUCCACCGGCGGACGGCAGCUCCCCGGUUUCGGACCUGUCCGGCGGAGAACAGGGUGCGUCGCCGGACGUGGUCCCCCAUCCCACAGAUCCGACGAAGGCCCACGCUGCUGAAGAGGCGGCUCGAGAAGACGCAGACGAGAAGUUGCCCGGCGAACCCGCGGAGUCUCCCGUCGAAGACGCAGACGUCGGGAGGAUGGAGGGUGUAAUUGGAGAGGAGGGUGAUGCCAAGAGGGAAUGCAUUCCAGAUGCGGCGGAGAUGUCGGAUAGCAAUAAGGACGACCAAUCAGCGUCGACAGACAGCGUCUCGGCAGAGAGAGAAGAGCUGGCCGUGGGCGAGGGUUCCGCGGAGUGCGAGGUCUUCGAAGACGCUCAGGGUGACGACGGCAGCGAGGCCUCGGAAGAAGCCGCUCUUCCGGAGGACGCCGCGGAUGACGCCGCGAUCGUCUCCGAUCACGGCGGUCACGCCGAUAAGGCCGACUCUACCGAACCUCCUCUGCAAGAACGACCCGAACAGAAAGCAGAGGAGGGGAGCACCGAGGUCAAUUCUGUCGCACGGGACGAGACGGAAGAAAGCGAGUCGCGGACGAAGAGCGCGUCUCCCGUGGAGGGACCUUCUGACUCGCCGGCAUCUGUUGAGAGUGCGGACGAAACAAGCAGCACGCGGGAAGUGGCGAGCCCUGCCCAGAGUCCGGAGAAGCUGUCGAGUGAACCGAUGGGCAGCCACCUUCCGUCCAUUGUAAACCCAACCGAGGAAUUGGACGUCCCGCUUCCGCCACCUGCCGACGACCCUCUUCCGCAAGAGGGUGUUGUCGUGGCGACUGCCGUCGCAGAGAAGGAAGAGCCGUCGUCUUUGGACGCCAUUGAAGACGGGAACGAAGACGAUGGGGAUGAUCGCCUGGAAGCAAAGCGAACCAUCGAGCAGACAAACCUCUUGAAUGCGGAGGCCAGCGGGGAUGCUGCCGUGAUUUCGGAGAGCGAUGCGGAGGAGGAGGCUGCCGUGGAGAUUGGCGGGAUCAGCACGAUUGAGGCCCAGGUGGAGAUAGAGCGAAGGCACAUGGCCGACCUCGGGUUCAGCACCACGGCGCCAAUGGCGGAAUCUGCAUCGGAGGAGGGAGCCCAAGAAGCGGGCGUGGUUCGCCGCGCGAGGAGUGCGUCGCAGACAACCGUCGAGAAAGCGGUGCUCGCGCCGACGCGACCCAAGUCUGUGGAGAUGGCGCCCGGGACCACUUCAGGCUCCGCGUCGGCGGGGAGGCAGCUGUUCAGCGCGGGCCCCUCGCGGCCGCCGUUCCGAAUCCCCGAGUUCCGCUGGUCUCCCAUCCACCAGCGGCUACUGUCUGACCUCCUCUUCUCCCUGGAGACGGACAUCCAAGUCUGGCGCAGCCACAAUACCAAGACUGUGAUCGACUUUGUGAACAGCGGUGAGAACGCCAUCUUCGUCAUCAACACGGUGCACCUCAUCUCCCAGCUAGCAGACAACAUCAUCAUUGCGUGCGGAGGACUUUUGCCUCUGCUUGCUUCGGCAACUUCCCCAAACCACGAACUGGACGUGAUAGAGCCGACCCAGGGCAUGGCGAUCGAGGUGGCGGUGGCCUUCCUCCAGCGGCUGGUGUACAUGACGGACGUGCUCGUCUUUGCGUCCUCGCUGAGCUUUUCUGACCUGGAAGCGGAGAAGAACAUGUCCAGCGGAGGGAUCCUGAGGCAGUGCCUCAGACUGGUGUGCACAGCGGCGGUGCGCAACUGCCUGGAGUGUCGUGAGAGGAGCUGCCCGUUGACCCCCGUGACCCCCCUGACCCCCCAGACUCCGACCAGCCGGGACCCACUCCGUCCCAACCCCAUCCACGCCCUCAUUGGCGGCGUGCAGCCAUCAGCAAAGAACAUUGUGGAGAACCUUGGCGGCCAGAGCAGCCCGAUCCGGGAUCCGGAGAAGCUGUUACAGGACAUGGAUGUGAACCGAUUGCGAGCUGUCAUCUACAGAGACGAUGAGACCAAACAGGCGCAGUUCCUGGCGUUGGCUGUGGUUUACUUCAUCUCCGUGCUGAUGGUGUCCAAGUACCGCGACAUCUUGGAGCCCCCCUCCUCCUCCUCUUCUUCCUCCUCUUCGUCGUGCUGUUCCGCCAACCAGCAGCAGCAGCGCGCCGAAGGGGGACACACGCACCACCACCACGCCCCGCCCAACUCCGCCUCCGCGGCAGGGCCCGUCCCGCGCUCCGCGGCGGCGGCCGCUCCGCAUCAGCUGGGACCCUCCUCCGACGGAACUGCCCAGCAGGCACGGGUCGAGGCACAGGUGGCGGACAAGAGCGGCAACGCUGCCGUGCUCUGGUCCGAGAGCCAGGAGGGGGAGAAGGACGAGGUGAUUGUGGUUGAAGAGAUGGGCUCCAGCAUCCUGGCCAACAUCCAUUCCUCCGCCGCCGUCAUUUCCACAUCCUCGGUGCCAAACACGGUGAACUCGGUGCCGGUGGCAGCCGCCUACCACCACCCCGAGAACGUCAACGGGUCCGGGGAGCCCGAACCGCUGACCGCAACCAACCCCCACAAUUAUCCGGCCACCAUAUUGGUCCCCCAGGAGCCGGCACUCAACGGUGUCAACAAGGUCCCCGAAGGCGGGGUGGGCGGCAACCUGAAGGCGGGGGGCCCUGAGGCCCUGCGUCUGGCGCCCCUGGGCCCCUCCGGGGUGACAGAGGGCCCCAACACGAGGGAGGCCAGCCUCACCCAGAAGCUGGAGGGGGCCCUGGGCAGCGUGUGCCCACUCCUCAGGGAAAUCAUGGUGGACUUCGCUCCCUUCCUCUCCCGCACCCUCGUGGGAUCGCACGGGCAGGACCUCCUGGUCGAGGGAAAGGGCCUGAGCACCUUCAAGAACAGCACGUCCGUGGUGGAGCUGGUGAUGUUGCUCUGCUCCCAAGAGUGGCAGAACUCGCUGCAGAAGCACGCGGGCCUCGCCUUCAUCGAGCUCAUCAACGAAGGACGGCUGCUUUCCCAUGCCAUGAAGGACCACAUCGUCAGGGUGGCCAACGAGGCAGAGUUUAUCCUCAACCGCAUGAGGGCGGACGACGUUCUCAAGCACGCUGAGUUCGAGUCGCUGUGCGCACAAACGGCAGUGGAUCGGAAGGAAGAGGAGAUGAUGUGCGACCACCUGAUCACGGCCGCGCGGCGACGCGACUCGCUGGUGGCCGGCCGAGCGCUGGAGAAGGUGCUGAACAUCCUGACCAACCGGCACGGCGCCUGGGGCUAUGCCGCCAGGCCCCACAAGGGGGCAACCUGCUCCCCGGGGGAGAACGAAUUCCUGCGGCUGGACGCCUGGGAAGACGACGCCCGCCGGCGGAAGCGACUUGUGCGGAACCCGCACGGGUCGUGCCACCCCGAGGGAACGUUGAAGGCAGCCAUUGAGCAUGGGGCCCCCGAGGACGCCAUUCUGCAGGCCCGUGAAGAGCUGCACCGGCAGCUGGCGGUGACGCGUCGCCAGCACCAGCUCCAGAGCAGCGACCUCCUGGACGACAGCGACUUCUGGGACGACAAAGACCUCGACUCCGAACUCGCAGGGUCCGUAAGUCUUAGCACGAGAUGCCGCCUGAUAGCUCCAGGGAUCACAGCUCCGGGAAUGCUGUCCAUCACCCAGUCAGAACUCUUCUUCGAGGUGGACGAGGACGACAUUGAAUUCAAGAAAAACGACUCCGAGGCGAUCAAGUACUGCGACCACGUGCAUGGCAAGUGGCACUUCUCCGAGAUCCGGGCCAUCUUCUCCCGGCGCUACCUCCUCCAGAACAUUGCCCUGGAGAUCUUCCUUGCCUCCCGAACCUCCAUAAUGUUCGCCUUCGACAGCCAAAAGACGGUGAAGCGAGUGGUCAAGUCUCUGCCUUGCGUCGGUGUCGGCAUCAAGUACGGCAUCCCGCAGACGAGACGAGCGUCCCUCAUGUCAGCGCGGCAGAUCUUCCAGCAGUCCAACAUGACUCAAAAGUGGCAGAGGAGAGAAAUCAGCAACUUCGAGUACCUCAUGUUCCUCAACACCAUCGCAGGACGGAGCUACAAUGACCUGAACCAGUACCCGGUGUUCCCCUGGGUCCUCACCAACUACGAGUCCCCCGAACUGGACCUCAGUCUACCCAGCAACUACAGGGACCUCUCCAAGCCCAUCGGCGCCCUGAACCCGAGCCGCCGGGCCUUCUUCGAGGAGCGCUACGAGACCUGGGAGCACGACGUUAUCCCGCCCUUCCACUACGGCACCCACUACUCGACGGCCGCCUUCACCCUCAACUGGCUCGUCCGCGUGGAGCCCUUCACGACGCUGUUCCUGGCGCUUCAGGGCGGCAAGUUCGACCAUGCCAACCGCAUGUUCUCCUCCGUAGCCCAGUCCUGGAAGAACUGUCAGCGGGACACCUCCGACGUCAAGGAGCUGAUCCCGGAGUUUUUCUACCUGCCCGAGAUGCUGGUGAACAAGAACGGCUACCAGCUGGGACGACAGGAAGACGGCACCGCCGUCGGCGACGUCGCUCUGCCCCCCUGGGCGUCCACGCCCGAAGAGUUUGUGCGCGUGAACCGCAUGGCUCUGGAAUCGGAAUUUGUCUCCUGCCAACUGCACCAGUGGAUCGAUCUGAUCUUCGGCUACAAACAGAGAGGUCCGGAAGCUGUGAGGAGCACAAACGUGUUCUACUACCUCACAUACGAAGGCAGCGUGGACCUCGAGAACAUGAAGGACACGGUCAUGAAAGAGGCAAUUGAAAACCAGAUCAAGAACUUUGGUCAAACGCCCUCCCAGUUGCUGAUGGAGCCCCACCCUCCUCGCAGCUCGGCGAUGCACAUUAGCCCCAUGAUGUUCUCCCCGGUGACGGAGGAGCUGUGCAUGAUCAUGAAGUUCCUGUCCAACUCGCCCAUCUGCCACAUCUCGGCCAACACGUACCCGCAGCUGCCCCUGCCUUCCAUCGUCACAGUCACCUGCAACCAGAACUUUGCGGUCAACCGCUGGAACUGCAACUACUCCGUGCCGAUGCAUUCACCAACAUACUCGGAUACGAACCAGCCGCAGGCGAGCCAGCUUCCACUUGCCAUGGAUCCCUUGCUCAUGAUGAAUGUGGCCCCGCACAAGCGCCACCUGGGUGACACCUUCAGCCAGCACGUGCGCAUGCGCAGCUGUUGCUUCGUUACCACGGUGGACAGCAGGUUCCUGGUGGCCUGCGGCUUCUGGGACAAGAGCUUCCGGGUGUUCUCCACAGAGUCCGCCAAGAUCAUCCAGAUCAUCUACGGCCACUUCGGGGUGGUGACCUGCCUGGCACGGUCCGAGUGCAACAUCACCUCGGACUGCUACAUCGCUUCCGGUUCGGAGGACUGCACGGUGCUGCUAUGGCACUGGAACGCCAGGACGCAGACCAUCGCGGGGGACAACGCCAACCCCGACAUUCCAACGCCUCGUGCCACGCUGACGGGCCACGAAAAUGAAGUGACGUGCAUCGUGGUCUCUGCAGAGCUGGGCCUGGUGAUCAGCGGAUCGAGGGCGGGCCCCGUGCUGGUGCACACGACGAGCGGGGACCUGUUGCGCUCCCUGGAGGCGCCGGAGCACUUCGGCUCGCCCGAGCUCUGCUCCCUGUCCCGGGAGGGCAUGGUGCUCGUCUGCUACGGCCUGGGCAACCUCUGCAACUUCACCAUCAAUGGCCGCCGGCUACGCUCCGAGUCCCAUCACGACAACCUGCAGUGCCUGACACUGAGUCGCGAUGGCGAGUACAUGGUUACCGGCUCUGAGAGCGGCGUCGUGGAGGUGUGGCGCACCUUCAACCUGGCCCUGCUGUACGCUUUCCCGGCCUGCGAGGGCGGAGUGCGGUCUCUUGCCCUCUCCCACGACCAGAAGUUUCUGCUGGCAGGACUUACCAACGGAUCUAUCUCGGUGUUCUACAUAGACUUCAACCGGUGGCACCACGAAUUCCAACAGCGCUACUAGCGGAAACAUUUUGCCGCAUGCCACCGAAUUUUCGAACAGGGAGGAUGACAGUAUCCCCCUACGAUUGCUCAAAAAAAAAAGAAAAAGGACAGCAGCAUACCCAACUCAAGGCCCGCCAACAUAACCCUUAUUUUUUAUUAACUAGCGUCGUAAAACCUACCGAUCGAAUGAAGGAAAAGGGCACAGUUCUGCGAUGCCAACCGUUUCUGUGUCCUAUUAGGGAGUUACGAUUGCGUCACUUCGCUCGCUCGGGGAGUGUGACCAAACUGUUUUUGUGCGUGCCCACUCAUGUAGACAAAAACAAAAAACACGGGUUUUUUUUUCUGGGUGGAGGCGACAUCUCGUUGUUGGCGUGUUUUGAUUUGGCACUUUGUCAUAGUUUGUCCAUAAUUUUUGGAGUUUUUGACGAGUUGUCCGCAGCGAUUGCGUGCGUCCAAUGAGGUUGAUGGCUUUUUUGUUAUUGGCCUCGAAUGAGUUGGAAGUGCACAAUGCAUAGUUUAGGAACUUAAAAUUGAGUUUGAGUUUGUUGAUGAUUGGUUUUUCUCAGAACUCUUUAGAGCUUACAACACAGCUGCCGUAAACUGAUUGUGCGUCAUUCUUGCCUGAAUCUUAAUUUGGGACUGAGGAUGGCAGCUUUUAAGCCAAACACCAGAUAAAUAUUAGCACUUUUUCUUUUUGAGCCGUGUGUGUGGGGUACGUUGGUUUUGCUCGCUGUGUCACCUCGAAUCCGUUAAAAGCGUGCGUGGCUGCACGAAGCAAAUGUUUUUUCGAUCAGCAUUCCAUCCAGCCUCGCGUGGCUUGAGCCACUGUUUGCUCCAAUUACGAGUGUUAUUUUGUGCCACUUUGUUUGUUGGCCUCGAUGGCAAGUGUUUGGUGUGUUUCGCGACGGGAGAGGGAAACGGGAGGAAAGGGCAGGGAGAAAAGAAUCAAGAGGGAAAAAGAAAAAAAGUUGUUUCCGAGCCCCUUUCUGCAUUUUCGUUUCUUUCGGUGUCCGUGUUUACCGCCACGGAAGCGCCGCGCGUCCACAUGUCGCGUAGAACGUAGUUGACCAUUCUUCGUUUUCGUGUUGUCUCCGUAUCUCUGCACUUUCCUUUUUCCUUUCCGUUCUCUUUUUUUUUUUCUUUUUAUCCUGUGAUACACAACUCGUAACACCGGAGAGAAAAAAAAAUGUCCCAUGGGAUAGCGCAGUUUUACGGGAGCAGGGACACGUUAUACAUACAACAUACAAACACCAAUAAAAGCAAUUUGCUGAAUCCAUAUUAUAUAAAUAUAUAUAUAUAUAUAUACUUAUAUGCCAAGAUAGAGUUGCUCGUUUUUGUUUCCGUUUCUUUUUUAUCUCGGCUUUGAAGUUGAAUUGAUCCAUCCCAGUGUAAGAUAUUGCCGCUGCCGCUCUGCAUUCUGAAACCGGAGGUGUCAAACCAUGGUCCUGCCAUUUUUUCCGCAUCCGUUCCACAGGUACUACUACAAAGAGAAGCGCAAGCAUCGAGACUUCAUGCUUGUAUUUUCGGAGGAUGUUGUGAGGUCUUCACCACCUUAAUUUUUUUGCGGUCGUCGCUAUUUUUUUGGAAAGACGAACACUUCUCUGCCGGCUCAUUUUGUUCAGUCACACGUCCCCACCUCGGUGUCGGAAGGGAUCAUUUGAAUGUUCAGAACGUCCGAACUACGUUUGUCGUGGGACGUUUUCAGUACAUCGGCGCUACGUCGAGAGCAUUUACACGCGUGGCGUUUUCGUUGUCUCUAUGCCUGCGAUAGCUACGGGGCUCUGGUUUGGCGAGUAAAACAUUCCUGGGUUGUCGUCGUUUUCACUGCGUCUUCGGUUGUGUCACUGCGGCGUGCUGCGUCGUCGGUCGUUUUGUUUGUUUCGUCUGUUACAGCAACUUGAAUGCUGGCUUGCGAGGAAGAUCCGGCCACUGUGCGAGAGAGAUUUUGCAGACGGUGUUUUUCGCGGCCUCGUGAAUUCUAGUCAGUGUGGCAUUGUGUAAUCGCAAACGCGCACACUUUUAUGAAUGCGCGGCUUGAGCGUAGGUUUACGAUCGGACACUGCAUGGGCGACCUAAUGCAUUAACCUAUAGAAGCGUACUUAAAGCAUAUGCUCUUUCGACUGUCGCACGCCUGAGCCACAUUGAGAGCAAAUCGCGUGGGCGAUCGCAGCUUCCUGGGUGUGAAGGCUUGCAUGCUCUCAAGGUGGCUUAGUUUGCAUGGCAGACUUUUUUUUUUGUUCUUUCUGUUCUUCACAUAUGUGUUCGUAUAGUUUGGGGUGAUUUGAUUAGUAUAUACUACUUCCCUUAUCUCAGCCGUGAACUUGGUGGGUUUUAUCGUGCAUUCUUUGUGUCCUAUCUAUUCCCUGCUUUCUUUUUUUUUCAGGAGGGAGUAAGGUUGUGCAGGUGGUUGGGGGGGAUAACUUUUGUAGUCCUGUUCUUUCCUCUUUUUUUUUUUUUUUCGUGUGUUGGUGGUUGAACUUUUGCUUGACUUUGCAUAGUGUGUUUGCUUUAUGGCGCGAUGUUCUCUGUUACAUUUUGACGGAUUUUUCGGAGAAGAGUCAUUGAUACAUUCCGUUGAGCUUAGGAAUGCCAGUCUGUAAACGACGAACAGAUGUAGGAAAUAAAAGAUGGUGGAUCCUGA